GUCACGUGACUCGGAGCAGCAGCAGUCAUGUGACGCUCACUCGGUGCAGACUGAGGACGGAGGUGCAGGAAGUUGUCUCCACCAGCAGACUCAGUUUUUCUUCCUUGUUAUUAUUAUUGUUUUUAAUUAGUGUGAACAGAGUGAGGUUGGAGUCAUGUACUCCGGCGGGUUCCUGCUGUGUUUGUUGUGCGUUUUUCCGCUUGGCGCACGCGCUCAGUACGACCCUGAUGAGGUCCAGCAGCUGCCCGGGAUGACGUUCAAACCCAACUACCAGCAGUGGUCCGGGUACCUGGACGCAGGGCCUGGCAGGUUUCUCCACUACUGGUUUGUGACGUCUCAGAGGAACCCGUCCAAAGACCCCGUGGUGCUCUGGUUGAACGGGGGUCCYGGCUGCAGCUCCUUGGAUGGGUUCUUGUCAGAAAACGGACCGUUCCACGUGAAUGAUGACGGGGAAACCCUGUAUGAGAAUCCUUUAAGCUGGAAUAAAAUCGCCAACAUGUUGUACCUGGAGUCUCCCGCAGGAGUGGGUUACUCCUACUCUGAUGACCAGCAGUAUAAAACCAACGAUGAUAAGGUMGCAAAAGAUAACUACAGAGCCCUUCAGAGUUUCUUCGUGAAGUUCCCAAACUUCACAGAGAACGAGUUCUUCAUUUUUGGRGAAAGUUAUGGAGGAUUUUACGCACCGAUGCUGAGCCUGCUGGUGGCCACCGGAAGGGCCGAAAUCAACUUCAAGGGCUUUGCAGUGGGAAACGGCCUGAGCAGCUUCGAUCUGAACGAUCAGUCUCUGAUCUACUUUGGUUAUUACCACAGCCUGUUUGGAGAAGAUCUGUGGCGAGAUCUGAACACAAACUGCUGCAACAAGAAAAGCUGCAACUUUUACAACAACACUUCUGAGGCCUGCAGGACAAUGGUGAACAUAGCCUUCAAGAUCGUGUAUGAAAGCGGACUGAACGAGUACGCUCUGUACCUGGACUGCGAAAGCCACCAAGCAUACCACCAAGGCUACGUCAGGACCAUGAGUCAUGUCUUCAGGAACUUCAGGAAGAACCUGCACGCCUACAAGCUGCCAGACGUGAGGCCGUCCUCCUUCUCUCUGAGCUCAGUUCCUCCCUGCAUCGACAGCAAGGCGAUGACCAUCUGGCUGAACAGAGGCRACGUGAGGAAAGCUUUACACGUUCCCGACACGCUGCCUCCGUGGGACAUCUGCAGUGACGCGGUUGGGAAUGAAUAUGAUAUUUUGUACUCGACGAUGAAGAACGUGUAUCUGAAGCUGCUCUCUCUGGGCCUGCGGGCGCUCGUCUACAACGGAGACACAGACAUGGCCUGCAACUUCCUGGGAGAUCAGUGGUUUGUGGAGGACCUCGGCUUAAAGGAAACCAGUAAAUACCAGAUCUGGAUCGACAACGACCAGGUUGCUGGUUUUUAUCAGCARUUUGGAAACAUCACGUUUCUGACAGUAAAGGGCGCGGGUCACAUGGUUCCUCAGUGGGCUCCGGGUCCAGCUUUCCACAUGUUCCAGUCCUUUCUCACAAACAGUUCUUACUGAGCCCAGAUGGAGAUUCAUGUAGUCAUUAUUCUCAGGGAAAUAAGUCUCUUGUGAUUUUAAUCUCACAAUGUUUACUCAUUUUUUAGGGAUGAAUGGAGGAUAAACUGAAUGAGUUUCACUAAGUGUCCUUUUUGUUUAAUAGAACUGUGACCUGAUGGUGGAACUAAAAUGUCCAAUUUACAAAGCUGUGCCCCUCUCCCAAGAUUUAAUAUAAAAAUAUAUAUAUGGAAUUUAUUUUUAGUUCAGUCCUAUGGUUUUCAAACUAAUCAUAUAGCUUGUGUUCAAGGGAAAAGAGGAAUGAGCCAAAAUACAGAAAACCUAAUUACUACUAAUAAACAUGGUUUAUUAAAAGGGAUUGUAACGCCUGGAGGGAACAGACUAAUGGUUACUAAUUUAACAAAAAUAAUUUGUUCAUUAAGUUAUGAUUGUUUUGUGUGAAACACAUCUGCUCAGCUGAACUGAGGUUAAACAAUUAGAUUUUCUGUUUAACACUCUGACCUCAUUAUACUGCAAACGGAUGUUGUUUGUACUUUAAUUAAAAACCCACCAGAAAUAUGCUUUAAUGCUAAAUAAUAUUUAUAUCUGCAAUUAAGCUGAAUGUCAUUUUUUAUUAUUAUUAUUAGUAAAGCUUUUUAACAUUGUUCCUAAUCUAUCAAAUGAAAUCUGUUGACUUCAUUUUAUUUUGAAAAUAAGAUUUUCAAAACUUGUAAAAUCCAAAAUGUUUAUUUUUUUCCUUUGAUGCUUUUUCAUUACUUUGAGUAUCUUCAUAUUAAAGUGUUUCUGAAAGAA